GUGAAAAACGCUAAGCCUGCAGCAACUAUCAUCUGGUAUAGAGGCAAUGUCGAGCUGAAUGGAGAUAAAGUUUCCAAAGAAGAAAUCAAAGAAGUCGAAAGUCAAAACGGGAAUCCGAAAGCAAUGAGAUACACGACAGUUUCCAAGUUACACUUUAAGGCGACAGCGGACGACGACUAUGCAGACUUUACGUGUGAAGCGAGACACGAGGCUUUACAAAGGGAUACUCCUAUGAGGAGUACGGUGCAGCUCAGUGUGUUGUAUCCCCCCGGAGCGCCAUACAUCGAGGGUUACGCUGAAGGUGAGACAGUACGCCGAGGACAAAGUCUCGAGCUGGUCUGCAGAAGCCGCGGCGGUAACCCACCAGCUCAGCUCAUCUGGUACAAAAACGGGGAGCAAAUUCGAAUGGCUUACAGAACUAGCGGCAGGAUGUCUGAGAACGUGUUGUCUUUCAAGGCCGACGCAUCAGACAACAAGGCGCGGUAUACCUGUGAAGCGAAAAACGUUAUGAUCAGCAACACUUUGAAGGCAGAAAUAGAUCUCACCGUACUCUUCGCACCAGCGCACGUCUCAAUCUCCGGUCCAUCUGAGGCCAGGGUAGGAGAUCCAGUGCCGUUGAGUUGCAGUACAGCACCUUCAAAUCCUGCUGCUGAUAUCAAAUGGGUGGUGAUGGGAAAACACCACAAAGAAGCCAGCAAUCGCACUGUUAUUUCGCCAGAAGGUGGAUGGAUAACCACAUCGAAUAUCACUGUGGUGGUGGAACCAAAUCGAAGAUCAGUGGUCAUUGUGUGUCAUGGCAUCAACGCGCAGCUCACAGAAAAUGUUGUCGCAUCGCACACUAUCAAUGUGCUCUACCCUCCAUCAGCUCCCAUGAUCACUGGCUACAUACCCGGCACGACAUUGUCAGCAGGAACUGUUCAGAAGCUGUCCUGCAUAUCUUCUGGGGGUAACCCGCUCGCCACUCUCACUUGGUUCAAGAAUGACAAAAAGAUCCAUUCAGUAACAAAGACGAGUGAGAAGUCAGUGUCUGCUGAGAUAUCGAUACUGACAAACGUCACUGACAAUUUGGCUCAAUACCGUUGCGAGGCGACCAACAGCGCUACGGAAAUACCCCUCUUCGAAACGGUCACCCUCAACGUGCACUUCGCUCCAGAGGCGGUUAAAGUGAGAGCUGAACCAGAAGAACUGAAACCAGGUACUGAAGCCACUCUGUUCUGCGAUGCAGCCUCCAGCAAUCCACCGGCUACCUUAUCUUGGUGGCGUGAUGGCAUACCCGUACAAGGCCAACCGAUGCAAUUGAAGAAAGGACUUCACGGGGGAACGGUGUCUACAAUAGAACUCAAAUUGAACAUAACUAAAGAGAUGAACGGAGCCGUAUACACUUGCCAAGCAACAAAUGAGGCAUUACAAAGGAGUGUUCAUGAUGCUCUCAGUUUAACUGUUUUAUAUGCACCAAUCUUCGAUGAGUCUAUCCAGGAAUCAGUAGCCGGAGAAGAGAAUGAGACUCUAGUUAUUAUGCUCAAAGCUCAUGGUAACCCUGGAAGUAUCACCUACACUUGGACUAAAGAUGGACUUCCAAUCACUCAAUCCCCAUAUAGCAAUACCAACGACAGAAUAAUAUCAGAUGGCAGCAUGUUGAAUAUGACACGGUUGUCGCGCAAUGACGCAGGAGUUUAUACAUGUGAAGCUGUCAAUUCUCAAGGAGCAUCUACUGUCAAUAUCACGGUCACCGUACAAUAUCCAGCUGGAAUCAUAUCUUUAAGUCAAAAUGGUAUAACGAACCCUGAUGAAGACGCAGUUUUAAGUUGUUCAGCAACAGGAAAUCCUCUCAAUUCCGAUCAUUUCAAAUGGGAACGCAAAAAGUACGACCUCUCAUCUAAACCAGUAACUUUUGAGCCUCGUAACUCUACCAGCUACUUAACCAUACCGAAAGCUACUAGGGAUGACGUUGGAAUCUUUCAAUGCGUCGUCAACAAUGGCGUCGGUAAAGAGAGCCGGCAAGAUGUCAUGUUGGUUGUAAAGUUCAAGCCAGAGAUGGACACCACUCCCAGUUUGGCAAAAUCCGCUUCUAAUGUUGGACAUGUUGGGAGACUGACUUGCAAAUGUCAAGCAGCCCCCGUACCUAGUUUCACUUGGUCCAAGAACGGUGCCAAAUUACCAGUCAACACUUCCACAAAAUACUUUACGGAGUUCCAUAAAAUUGAUGCUAUCACUUACACAUCGAUUUUGCUCAUUAACGACGUUGGGUCAGCCGAUUAUGGUUCUUACGAAUGCGGUGCUAGAAACGAAAUGGGAUUCAGCACAUCUUCAGUGAAACUUGAUGUUACUAGUGCACCAGAUCAAGUAAUAUCAAUGAGUGUAACGAAUGUUACCCAUAACACUGUCACGUUAGAAUGGAUUCCAGGAUUCGAUGGUGGACUAACACCAUGGUAUAGGAUAAGAUAUAGAAAAAUUUAUGAUGACACGUACAAAUACGAAGAUGUUAAACCCAGAAAUAGUACAAGUUAUACUAUAGGUGGUCUAGAAAGGAACACUGAUUACGUUUUUUCAGUUAUGGCUAUCAACAACAUUGGACAGAGCAAAUACAGACCUGACGAUACUAAAGUAACCACACUCACUUCAUCUGAAGUUGGUGAAUUGAACGUCGUAUCUACAGAAGUGGUAGAAACAGCUGACGUGUCAAAAUCAGUCAUUGUAUACGUGUCUAUAACUGGUGCUGUAUUGGUAUUGAUAAACGCCGCGUUAGUUGCUUGUUUUGUGUUAAAAAGACGUUCGAGACGAUUGAAAGAACAAGCUGGUCAAUCAUCAAAAUCCGCAACUAUAGAAAUGUAUGCUCCCUCUUCAUACAAUGACACCAUGACUGGUGAAACACUUAGUUCCGUGUCGGAGAAGUCGGAAACUUAUUCGCAAGAUGACGGAGAUGAUCGGCAGCCACCGCCAAUUCCUGAGGUGCCAAUCAUGCCUAAUAGACAUAUGUUGAGUCAGCAAACGGACGCGUACCUCAUGGAUGAACAAGGUCUAGUCAUCCCACCUCCAUUGGAUUACCCUCCACCGAAUUAUGCGGUGUAUGAAGGUGAUCACGCGAGAACAUUACCACAUCCUCACAGACAUAAGGACAUUAGUGGACACAGCACGUUGGGUAGAAGCGCUGGUAAACAAAAUUAUGUACCAGCGCCGAGUCCCAUGCCACCAUUGGACGGUUCCUAUUAUAAUAUGUCAUCUGACAGAUACCUCUCGUAUCCACCUCUUAUAGGAGAAUAUCUUCAACAGGGCGCCGGGCGCACGCCGACGCCCCCGCAGCAGUACGGGGCGCCGCACCACAAGCCGCACCUCGCGAACGGCGCCGUCCCGGGGGGCUCGCCCGCGCACGCCCCCCACAGUACUCAUUUACUUUUAUUUACAGCUCUUGACAGACAGUCCUCUGGUGGUACUUUGAGAAGACAAAGACUGGACAAAAUGGCGGUCCCACCGCCAGAUGUCACUGUGUUGCAUCAGGGUAAUUGUACACAGCACCAGCAACUAUCGCAGACGCCAUCAGUGAAGCAGCCUCAGUCCAUACUGAAGGAUCCGUCGAGACACAAGUAUGGCAACCAGUACGGGAGUCCCGUGUCAUCGAGCACACCUCAGAACUCCAGCUCGAGUCAAAUUUUGACCGUACAAAACCUCACCUCGGACGUGCCACAGUACGGCACAAUACGUAAAGAGAAGAAACAGAACGUUACAAUAGAUGAAUCGUUUAAUAAAAGAAGUGAAACUCACGUUGUAUAGAUUUUUGUACAUAACCAGGGGAAAUGUACAUAGCCAGGGGAAUGACUAGUUCAAAUUUUAGAUAGGAUUGAUUUCAUUUAAUGUGAUAAAUAUGGAUGAAAAGUGCUUUGAUAAGCGUGAAAAUAGUGAGUUCGAAUUAAUUUGGAGUGUCGGUACUAAGUGUUCUUGUGAAUAAACUAAAAAUGUGAAUAGUGCCAAUGAAAAAGUGACUCGGUUGUUUAAAUAUAACGAAAAAACUUAACAUUCACGGAGACUGUUAUUUUAUGUGAUUCGUGACUUCGUUCUAAGUGAAACGUCAUUUUUCGUUUAGUUGUUCGAUGAACGAAUAAAAGUAACGCUCACAGUUUCGCUCAUUUACUUUGUGAACUGAAGUCUGGUUGUACUGUUCGACUGACCUUAUCAUUAUUAAUUAUAAUUACGAAUAAUUCGUCCAAAACGAUAUAUAAUGAAAUUAACGACACGCAUUGUCCAAAAUAAUGAAUCAUUUUAGAAAUUAUAAUAUUUAAUUAGACGAUAAAUUAAUGAAAAGUUUUAUUGAAAUUUUUAUUAUGAUAAUUUUUCCAUGCUUGUUACGAUAAUGAAUCGAUUCCUAUGAUGGAUCUCUUUAUGUUUUUUGCGAUAGUGUCUAAUAAUUGUUAUACUGUAUGAGAAUGUUUCGAUUUAUAAUUAUUGUGUGAAUAAAAAAAUUAUGGAUAUAAAAGGGAAAGAUUUGAAAUUUAUCCCAUGGUUAUUAUAAAUUAUAACCCUUUGUUUUGAAAUUUCGAAAGUUAUAAAGUAAUUGUUUUUGAAUGCUAAUGCAUAAUGUAUAUAUAAUAAUGAAAAAAUAUUGAAAACUUCCAAACGACAAUUGAUUAUUUUAAACGAUGCAAUUUGAAACGCUGUUGAUUUUGUAGCACAUUUUCUGUAAAAGGUAAUAAAUAUGACAUAAUAUACCAAAUUAAUGGUAAUAUACCAAAAGUACAUUACAAUUAGUUAAUGAUUUAUUUUAAUAUAAUUUUGUAAAUUAAGUUGAACUACAUUUCAAGACACAUAACUGUAAAUAUUAUUAAAAAAAUAAUAAUAAUACUCCAAUCGCGAACUGACAAUAAUAAUAAUUGGUUUUAAUUAUUUUUUUAUAAUUUAUGUGCAGCUUAGAUUGAUUGUAAAUAAAUUAAUGUAACUUUUCUAUUAAUAGCUUUUCUACUCAAAAAAUUAAUCGGUUUAAUAUGAAUACCAAAGUUUUAUUAAGUUAUUAUUAUUAUGUACAAUUACUUAUCUUUUUAUUCUUGUUCUCAUUUUAUUUUAAAAUCAAACUUGUAACUUAUUUUUAAUUAUUUUAAGCUACAUUUUUUUUAUUUGAUCUUGUGCGAUUUUCAAAUAUUAUAAUUUUCGAAGACGAGAGAAUCUAAAUUAUUUUGAAUGUUUGAAAAUCCAUCCAUUGAUAAAUACGAUUUUUAUAUUUACAGAAAUGUUUACAUGUUACAUUUCGAAUUUAAAUAAAAAAAUCUAAUAAAUGAACACAUUUUUGUUUUAUUUUUAUUGCACUUUAUUUAUUUUAUUUCUUCAAUCCAACUUUUGAAAACAUAUCAAUUGACAGUUUAAUGACAUUCUUUUCAACUGCGAACUGAAGAAGUGCCAAAACGUAGGUGUGUUUCCACAAAAAAAAUACCUUUAGAUAGAAAACUUUAGCUGUGUAAUACGUCCUUCUCGACCUACUUCGUACAAGUAAGUUUAGUAAAUUAUUAAAACCGUGCCUUAUAAUUUUACGCCAUUUUUGAGAGUAAAAUAUCACUUAAUUAAUAAUUAUUGUGAAAAAUAGCAUUAAAAGUAAAACGAACUUUCUAGACAUUAAGAGUUUAAAGUUUUAUUUACAAAGUUUCGUUGGAAUUAAAGCGACAAAAUGUCCAACUGAAAUUUUUGAGAAUAUUUAAAAAAAAUGUACGUAUACAAGACUGAAUUGUAUAAGUUAUGAAAUAUAUAAUUGUUUGUUGAGACCUAAAAAAAUCCCCGUUCUUUUUUCUACAUUUAAAUAAUUUUAAUUAUGAUAUUACUAUAUGUGUGUUAUGAUAAAAAAUCUCUUGAAUUUCAGCUGUCUCAAAAUACUAUAGUUAAAUGUACAGUAUUGUAAUAAUUAUAACAUUUUUGCUAUUAAAUUAAAUGCCAUCUCAAUUUUGAAGCGGAUUCCUUUUUUUAAUAUUGAAAUACAAAGCAAGAGCUUGUCAUUUAGAUAUAAGCAUUAAUCGAAGGUUCAAAAAAUAUUGUCAAUAUGAUUAAGAUACUAUUAAAGUUUAAUUAAAAAAGGUCAAUGUUAAAACUCAUGUCGUCACGUAAGUAUUAAAAAAGGUUGUAAUUAUUGCGCGGUUAAUUACCAGUAAUGACAUUUUUCAUUUCAUUAAAAUGAUAUUUUAGUUUGAAUGCGAAAAUCAUUUUUAGUGUAAAUAAUGACAUAACGAGUUGUUUAUUUUCAUUUAUUGUAAUUAUUUGAAUCUGCUUGAGUUUCUUCAGAUCGUUAGAAUAAGCUCUGAAGAGAUUUAAGUAAUUGAAUAAUAAGUAAAAAAAGAAGAAACAUUUUUGUCUCAUUGUAAAAUAUAACCACUUUAACAUAAAAUAAGGUUGUAAAUUGUUCGAUAAUUCCAGAUGUGACUUUGAUAUUACGUACUAAAAGCUCAUAAUUGUAUCGGCAUUAAUUGAAUUAAAGCAUAUAUGUUAUUAAGGUUUUUUAUUUUGAGCAAUUUUUAAUAAACAUACAUAUAAUAUUAACGUACAAUAAUCCUUACAUGAAUUAUACAAAGUUUUACAUAAUCCAUACAAAGUUUUAGGUAAAACGUGGACACAUUAUUCAGAG